UAUUAUUACUGCUGUGAGAAGAACCGCUGAUUGUAAAAAUGGUGGCUCAGAAAAAACAGAAAAAGGCCCAGGAGAGCAUCAAUACCAGAUUAGCUCUCGUCAUGAAAUCUGGUAAAUAUGUCCUUGGUUAUAAGCAGACUCUGAAAUCCCUCCGUCAAGGCAAAGCCAAGUUGGUCAUCAUUGCUAGUAAUACACCACCACUGAGGAAAUCCGAGAUCGAAUACUACGCGAUGUUGGCAAAGACGGGUGUACAUCAUUAUACCGGGAAUAAUAUUGAGCUAGGUACAGCCUGUGGUAAAUAUUUUCGUGUUUGUACGCUUUCGAUCACAGAUCCUGGCAAUUCUGACAUUAUAAAGUCAAUGCCGACUGGUGAUCAAGCAUAAUGUACAUUUUUAAUUUAAUAAAAAAUACGAAACAAU